AUGGACACCAGCUACCUCUCCAAGCAGGUCAACCACAGCAUCAGCCAGCUGCACAGCCUUUUCGACGACAUUGGCGUCCCGGAUGAUGAGCGCGAGGCUCGAGAGUCUGAGCUGUUCCAAGCUCUGUCGGAAGCGCUCAACAAUCACCUGCGUCUGGUGUCGUCGGAGAAGAAGGGAUUGAUUGACGAGGCCAAGAAGAUUGCCACAGCAACUCGGCAGAUGGAGUUAUCGAUGAGUGACUCCAAGCAGCGAAGAAAGAAUUCGAACGAGGGGAGCAUGAAGGUUUCGUACCCUUUGAUGCAGUGCUUGCAGACCCUCAAAAAGAAGCAUGACGAGGUACAGAGGGUGCACAGCGAACGGGUUGUGCAAGUGCAGAAGCUCGCCGAGGCCCUCGAGUCUUACUCGUCACACCUAGAGCCCGAAUUUGUCAAAAUCGCCCUCCCGCCCACUGGACCCAAUGAGACCGUCCCCCUCACAUUUGACCUUUCGCCAUCCUACGUGGACCGCCUCGACGCGGAGUUUACGCGAGUGUAUGAAGAGUACAAUCGCCGGCUCUCCGUGGUGGAAACACUGGGCGACGAAAUUAUCCAGCUCUGGGCCGAACUCGGCACUCCCCAAGCCCAGCAGGACACGGCCAUUAUUAAGUACUACCGGGAGUCCCCUGAGCAGCUUGGCCUCCACCAAGAAGACAUUCGGAGUUUGCAAGCCAAGCACGACAAGCUGUCCGAGGAAAAGAAGAGCCGCGAAGAGAAACUAAAGCAGCUCAAAGCCAGCGUCGAAUCGCUGUGGGAGAAGCUGGGCAUCGAUGAAGAGGAGACCAAGGCUUUCUUGAACGCCAACAGAGGCUGUGGUAUUCGACAGAUCAACGAGUUCGAGGACGAAUUGGAACGAUUAAACGAAGUCAAGCGCCAGAAUCUCCACAUCUUCAUCGACGACGCGCGCGUCAGACUUCAGGAGCUCUGGGACGCCUUGUACUUUUCCGAGGACGAGAUGCUCGAGUUCACGCCCGCCUUCUCUGACGUUCACACGGAUGCGCUGCUUGAGGCUCAUGAGCGCGAGGUUGCUCGCCUGGAGGCGUUGAAGGAGCAACGCGCGCCAAUUCUCAACCUGGUCGACAAGCACAAGGCCUUGAUGAAGGACCGAGACGAACUCAUCGCCGCAAGCCAAGAUGCAUCCCGCCUUAUGCUGCGUGGCCAGAAGGGCGAAAAGCGGGAUCCUGGAAAGUUGCUUCGCGAGGAGAAGAUGCGCAAGCGCAUUGCCAAGGAGCUCCCCAGAGUGACGGCCGAAGUGCGAAAGGCACUCGAGCAGUGGGAGGAAGAGUACGACCGACCUUUCCUGGUGUACGGCGAGCGAUAUCUCGACGAGGUGGACUCUGUGGAUGCAAAGCAGCCUCCCCAGCGAUCCAGGACGCCAGCCGGUCCUCCUCCCUCAUCUGCCAAGAGCCUGAUGAAGUCGGUGUCAUCCUCGGCGAUGAGGCCCACCACUGCCAGCAAGCCCCCGCGUUCCUCCGUCAUGGAUACGGGUCGUGGCGGCAGCCCAAGCAAACAGCCCAUGGCAAGGGCUCCUCUGUCCAAGAUGAAAGACGGCAACAAUUCGCCAGAGCGGCCCAAGGCGCAACUUCAGCGCAAGAUGGACGCCCUGCGCACUGGAGGCUCUGUGCGAAUUCCCCCGCCGCCCAAGAUGCGAGACCUGAGAUCAGUGGCCUCGCUGGAGGCGCCAUUGAACACGUACAAAUCGAUGGGCCUGAACUCAAGCAUCGUCCGCGCGGUCGACCCUGAGGAUGUCUACGAUGACCGGUCGCAGACGGGGAGUAACAUGUCGCAUCAUCGGCAGAACGGCUACUUGGAAGAGGAGUACGACGACCACUACUCGUCCGUGCGAGGGGUGCCGCGGUAUCCCCAGGCUCUGCGAGAAAGACACAUGUCCAGCGCAUCCACCACAUCCACGGUCGUUACCGGCUCCGAGAACUGGGAGACGUACGACGACAACAGCGAGCCAGAGCUGGACGUGUCGGGUGCAUACUUUGCCAAGCUCCGAGCCGCCCGGGGCAAGCGAGGGGAGCCCGAACAGGGCCAUCGGCCUACUAGCAGUACGGCAAAGCGCACUCGCGGUGUUCCUGCGUCGUACGGGGCGCCCGUCAUGAUUGAUCAGGACGGAAACCGCAUCGCAUCGGGAAGCGAAUGGGCAGACGAAGAUAGCUUAUAA